UAAAAACGCUUCUCGUAUAAACCCCGAAUACACACAGAAAAAGAAAGAAAGACAUUCACCGGAAUAUUCUGGACCGUCCGAUCAAACCGGAAGAUAUGAGCGACGACGUGGCAGCGAAGGAGAGGACGAUUCUCGUGGCCGUCGACGAAGGAGACGAGAGCAUGAACGCCCUCUCAUGGUGUCUGAAUAACAUUAUUUCUGCAGAUUCCAAUGACACCCUUCUCCUUCUCUACUCCAAACCUCCCAGAUACCUUUACGGCUCCAUGGACGGCACCGGGUAUUUGUUUUCGCCGGAAGUGAUGGCGUCAAUGCAGAAAUACAACAAUGACGUGGCAAGCUCUGUGUUGGUCAAAGCGAAGAGACUCUGCGAACAGGUGGCUCCUAACGUUCGGGUGGAGACGAGAGUGGAGGAUGGUGAUCCGAGGGACGUCAUAUGUGGUGUGGCGGAGAAGCUGAAGCCCGAUGUUCUUGUAAUGGGCUCUCAUGGAUAUGGGCCCAUCAAGAGGGCAUUUCUGGGAAGCGUGAGCAACCACUGUGCACAGAACGUGAACUGUCCUGUCCUGAUAGUGAAGAGCCCGAAAAAAUAAAAACGCAUCUUUUAAUCAGCUUUUUUUUUUUUGUGUUGAUUUUAACCAAACUUAGUGCCAGUUUUAUGGAUUUUCUGGAGAUAAUGUUUGGAUAUCAUUCGAUGUACAAAACAAUAAUAAUAAUAAUAAUCGAAGAUGUACGGAUAAUUUUUGCUUUGGGCAA